AAGGCAGCCAAUCGGGAUCUAACUUCAGCUUUUUCAGUUAAGCUUUGACAAAAGAAAUGGGAAGCUGAUUGGUUUCUGUGCAGAGCUGCACCAGAUUUUGCACUCUCCAGUUUUAGUAAAUCAACCUGAAAGUGUUCAGGAAUAACCUCCCUGGCGGUAUUCCCAAGUGUAGGUCGGGGUAAAGUUUCAGCACCACAAGCGAUAACCCUGAGCUACACUCGGGCUUACCAUGCAUUGCUGCUCCGGGAUCUCUUGUUCUCUUACCUUGUCCUGCGCUCCCGCGAUGUCCCUCCUGCAGUGUCCCCGGCAAUGUCCUCCGGCGGAUGCCAGCAUCUGUCAUCUGGGUUCCGUCCCCUGCGACGUCAGGACGUACGGGGACGGAACGAUGGGAAAUUUAAAAAUGACAAAAAGUGACAUUCACUAAAUUCAC